AGCACGUGCGCGCACCGCCCUCGCGCCGCCCGAGCCCACGGCGCCCGGCGCGCCACCCGCGCAUCAGCCCUGUGAACCCAACGCGCUCAAUAUUCCACACGAUUGCAAUCCUCCUGUAAUUCCUACAUAAAACGUACGGUUAUCUGUUUUUCGUCGUUCCUGAAUUAGGCCCGUCUUGUAAUUAGUGUUAAAUAAAAUCUAUGAAAUACGCCAUGACAAUAAUGGAGAACGUUCUUAGCAAUAAAUGGCUUGAGUUGUUGGAAAUAAGUACAAACUGAAAGCAAUGGAGAAACAAAUGCAGGCGAGAACGUUGAACAAAUCAGCGUGUUGGAUAUGUUUAGUGCCACCAUGGGGAUUCACAGACCGAGAAGAAGAGAAGCUAUACUCGGCGUAUACGCAGCGACAGCGGCAGCGAGCUGUGCCUCGGCUGCUGGCCACCGGCGCGCUCAUGCAGGCGUUCGCGGUGGUGGUGCCGGGGGAGCGCGACCUGUCCUUCGCGUACGCUUCUGUCGCCAUAGCCCUGGUAGCUAACCUGAUCCUGGCAUCCGCGUACGUGUGCGUACGCCCUGCGCGCCGUGUCCUCAACCAUGUGGCGUGGCUUGUGCUCUGGACUCAACUGUUAGUGAGCGCCUCUCGUCGGUUAGGAGAUUCGUACAACGAGUUACUCGGCUGGGCCGUAGUGCUUCAAUAUUUUACCCUCGCCACCCUGCCCCUGCAUCAUGUGUUGCUCAUACUGUACAGCUCAAUUUCGUUUUGCGGGUAUCUUCUGGUGCAAUACUACAAUGCUUCAACAUCAGAGACCAGACUAGCUGACGACUUCUACUUUCAGCAAAUUGCAAAUGGUGCACUGCUACUUGGUGCGACGAUGCUGGGAGGCACGGCAUAUGCUAUCAGUGAAAAGCAACAACGUAGUUCAUUCCAAGAAACCAAGAGAAGCUUACGUGAUAAACUCACAAUUGAACAACAGAGCAAAGAACAGGAGCGGCUGCUGCUAUCGGUUCUCCCAGAACACGUCGCCGUGCAAAUGCGGAAGGAACUCGGUCUGAUUGAUACGCAGUUCAAAAAAAUUUAUAUGUCUCGACAUGAAAAUGUCAGUAUUCUGUAUGCGGACAUCGUAGGCUUCACUGCUAUUUCCUCAACAUAUUCAGCGCAAGAUCUCGUCGCCAUAUUGAAUGAGCUGUUUGCUCGUUUUGAUCGACUUGCUGAGAAAUAUCAACAGCUUCGCAUUAAAAUUCUGGGGGAUUGUUAUUAUUGCAUCAGCGGAGCGCCUGUUGAGCGUCCAGACCAUGCCGUGCUCUGUGUGCACAUGGGACUUUCUAUGGUCAAAGCCAUUAAAUAUGUUCAACAGACCACAAACUCGCCAGUUGACAUGCGAGUUGGCAUCCAUACAGGUGCAGUACUCGCGGGAGUACUUGGCCAAAGACAAUGGCAGUUUGAUGUAUACUCACGAGAUGUCGAACUAGCUAACAAGAUGGAGAGCAGUGGAAUGGCUGGACGCGUACAUGUUUCCGAAGUAACGCUGAGUUUUCUGAACGACGAGUUUGAAGUAGAGCCCGCUCAUGGGGAACGGCGCGAGGAAAUGCUGCGCCAGGCUGGCAUCAAGACGUACUUCAUCGUGCGAGUUCUCAAACCGUUUCAAGGAGGCGAGGAGAAGAGUGCACCGGAGGGCGAGGCCGCGGAGGGUGGAGACGCGGCCGACACGCUCUCCGACCUCCGAGACGAUGACGAGGACUCGGUUCUGUCGCCACAAGACGAGAGCAAGGACAACGAAGAACAGAAAAUACUUAGCAUGUUGCAAGAAGAGCUGGUGAAUAGAGACGAUGACAAGGAGCUAGCAGACGGGACGACGUUAUGCCUGACGUUCAAAGCAUCGGGGGCGGAGGACGUGUACGCUCGGCGAAGCGACCCGUGCCCGCUGGCCAUCGCCGCGCCGCCGCUGAUGCUGCUCCCGGCCGUGGUGACGCUGGCCAGCUUCGCGGUACCGCCCACCUGGUCACUGCAUGCCGUCUACCUCGCGCUCGUGCUAGAGACCGGCCUAAUCAACGUGGUUUAUUACACGUGCUAUCGAUAUUCACAGUAUAAGAAAAAAAUAGUGAGUCCUUAUUGGAAGCUAACAUGCGGAACGUUCAACAUCGCGAUGUUUGUGGCCGCGAACAUUGCGCCACUGAUAAUUUGCGGUAAUUUCGAGACGAUGCUUCUGGAGGAUGGUCUCCGAGACGACGCGCCUGCGCACAGCGGCGCGCGGCGCUGCAUACAUCCUUCUUACUACUAUCAUGUGGGUGCGGGCGCAGCUUGCGGCGCGCUGUGGGUGUCGCCACUAGGCGUGUGCGCGCGCAGCGUGUUGCUGGCUCUGCUGGCCGCCGCGCACGCCGUGCCCGCGCUCCUGCACCCCGCGCUGCUGCUGUCGCGGCCCUCGCUCGACCGCGACCCCUACCGCGUGCGCUACAACGCCACCACCGACUACGACGAACACCUACUGGCAAUCCUGGCCCGCAUCCAUGGCGGUCGCAACAUAAUCAUGCUAUUCUUCAUAGUGGUGGCGCUCCUGAUAUUCAAUAGAUACGUGGAAUCCCUGGAGCGUGCCCGUCACUCCCGCGGGGAGCGCAUGCGAGCACAAGCGGAGCAAGCUGGCGACCUGCGACGGCGCAACCAGGCGCUGAUCCACAACGUGCUGCCUCCACACGUGGCGCGUCACUUCAUGGGCGCGCGCCACCACCAUCGCGACCUGUACAGCCAGAGUUACGCGGAGGUCGGCGUGCUAUUCGCCUCCAUGCCCAACUUUUCAGAGUUCUACUCCGAAGAAACAGUCAAUAACCAAGGCCUAGAAUGUUUACGGUUUCUGAAUGAAGUCAUAUCAGACUUCGAUCUGUUACUUGAAGAUUCCAAGUUCAGUAAGGACAUAAUCAAAAUAAAAACUAUCAGCUCCACGUAUAUGGCUGCGUCAGGCCUAAACCCAACGCGACAAAUGCAGCCAUCAGACGGAGUGCUAGUGCGGUGGGCGCACCUGGCAUGUCUGGUGGAGUUCGCGCUAGAGCUGCAGCGAGUGCUCGCAGCCAUCAACGAGCAGUCCUUCAACCACUUCGUACUGCGCAUGGGCGUCAACCACGGCCCCAUCACUGCCGGCGUCAUCGGCGCGCGCAAGCCUCACUACGACAUAUGGGGGAACACCGUCAAUGUUGCGUCUCGGAUGGAAAGCACCGGCAAAGCUGGCUGCAUUCAGGUGACAGAAGAAACUUGCGAGAUCCUACAGAGUUUCGGCUAUUACUUUGAGCAGCGAGGCCUGGUCGCGGUCAAGGGCAAGGGCCAGCUCAUGACCUACUACUUGCAGGGCAAGCGCGACACGCCCACCGGCCAGACGGACAAACACACUAUCGCGCCCCCAGCGCCGGAGCCAGGAGCUGGCGACGCGUUGCUAGCCAAUGGCGACGCCGCAGACGGCUGCGACCCGCUGCGGGCCGCCGCAGACGCAGACCGGCCCCUACUGCCAGCCUGAAUACUGCCCUGCAUUCCAUACUACAAUAAUAUAGGCGUAACCACUAAAUAAACUGUCCUAACUCAUACCUUCAUUCUCACAGCAAUAAAAUAACUCUCUCUAAAAAUACUGCUACACACGAAGUGGCACUAUUGAAUUAGAUCAAAAGUAGGUGUUAUAUAGGAAUAUACCUACCUAUAUUUUUUAAAUGUUUCAAAAAUAUAUUUUUACUUACGUUAAUUUAUCUGCCGUGUCUAAAACCUAUCUCAUUUCACUGUAAGAUGUCUGUAAAAUAGUACAAAGUAUGAGGAACAGUCGUCUUUCAAAGUGUCCUUCUUUUUCUUGGAUUUUGUACGAAGAGAAAAGAGUUUGUGUAUGAUUGGGUGUGAUCGAAGAAAACAAAAAAGAACUAAGAAUUCACCGGUGGGUGGUUGUAUUAAUAUAAAUUACCACACUCGUACAUAACAUACCUAACAAAAGCCCUAAGUUAAACAAGUGUUUAGUUUGAAAUGCUUUUUAUAACAGAUGUGACAAAGCAAGUUCGUAAUAAUUAAAUGUUCAGACGCAUUUGCUAAUAUCUAUUAAGCAGUUAAAAUUAAUAGACUCAUCGAUGUGUAGAGAAGCACUCUUCACAGCAAAUAAAAGGAGUGUUUUACCUAUUUUUUGAACUAACAACGAUAACAAAUAAGCUGAACUUGUUUAUUCAAAACUAGACUAAACUAGUUACCCUGAAUCUAGUCUCGCCGGUAAACAAGUAUUCUUAGAAUGCAAACACUGCACACAAUGAUUUUCCUCACACUAACUUAAGGCAUUAUACAUAGACACUAAAUUGGUAAAUAUGUAUUUAUUUCGUAAAACCAUAGACGUAGAAAAAUAAUAGUUAGUGCUUGAAUAUUGCUGUCAUGAAAUUAUAAUUGCCAGUUGCCUAUUAAGUUUUGGUUAAUAAUAAUGAGAAAGUGAGUGCUGUCUAAUGGUUGUUACGUAAGGUUUACAUUAAUACUGCUUAAGCCUAUGACGUUUAUAUGUAAUUGUAUUGUAUUAUCUAUUCUUACGACAAUGACUAAUCAAACUGGAAACAAUAAUCAUUCUUUUUUUUGCAAUUCAAUAUUUGAAAGAUCAAACGAUACGCGUCAUGGUUGGUUGAGUUCAUUUACCCUUUUGGAUAUCGACAUCGACUACUUCUAAUAUAACUGUUUAAAGCUCUAGGUAAUGAAUGUGACUUUUAACUUAGUAUUUAAUAACUUAGUGAUGUGAUCACGACGUUAUACUUUCUACUGGCUCAUUGUAUGCAGUAGGUAAGGGCCACAACUAUGAUUAAUUAGAGAAAUGGACUAGUGAUCUAGUCUUGUUCUUCAAAAUAAAGUGUAGCAAUAAUAAAUUAUAAUUUAACUUAUUAUUCAGGGUAAUAAUCACUUCAAACAACAAGCAAAUCUAGGAGUUUAUCAAAUGAUCUGAUAUAUAAAUAGUUUAUCAUUGUGGAAAUCCGUAUGCCCAUCUAUUAGGGUUGGUUUAGCUUUACAUUGCAAUGAGAACUUUUGUAUUCGGUUUAGCUUUACUUAUAUUACUUUGUGCGUUCUAAAUCCAAUUCAUUAUCAUUUAAGUGCCCAACGGACUCGUAGGCACUAAACUGACUUCAUUAUUAUGAUAAACUAUUCUUGUUUUCAUUCUGCGUCUGAUAUAAUAAUUCAUCGAUAAAUCAAUUUAUGGAUUUUCUUACUGCACAAGUCUUGACCCACCCUAAUAGUGUAUUAGAAAGAAUUGUAAAUUUUAACAAAUAAACGCAUUAAGCUUAUGGUAUCUAUUAUUUCAGGUGAAAAAAAAAUUGUUCAGGAGCCCAUUAUUUUGGUGGUUAGUGUUAGUAAGGGUAAACAAAAGGCAGCCAUUCCGCGUAAAACAGCGAUAAGCGAUAGCAUCUGUUGGAAGUGGAGACCGACCCCAGAUAGCAAACAGAUGACGACGAAGGUUCAACAGCUCAUCGAUUCAUACAUAUGCAUCUUUUUAUAUCGAAUAUAUUGUUUUGUAAUUUUCAUAUACGUAUCUGAGCUUUAACAAAAAUAUUGUGUAAUAUCUAAGAAAUAUCUUACAUUUCACAGAAAAUCAAGGAAAAAAUGUGUUGACUGAUUCUAUAAGAAACCACAAAUAACAUUUAUUGCCUAUAAACCCAGUUUCGUUAGCCUUUCAAUACCCACAAACUCCUUUUUGUUACCUACUUUUUGAACAAUUUAUUAUAAUUUUAUUAUUAUUGUAUUAGGCACAAUGUACAUCCUUAUUUUUAUACUUUUAUAAUGUUAUAUCAUGAACAAACUGAUAUCGAUAAAGAUUCAAAAUGGAACCUACAUGAGCAGAUACAAGUUUCGCAGGUUACAUAACAGUGUUUUUGCAGUAAAUCUUAUAUAGUUGGUGUUGCCUCAUCUUUGGAUCUUCAUGUAUUUAGGUAGCUAUAUUGUGAUAUUGAUUGUUAGGUACUUAGAACGUUAGCAUCAGUGUCGCUUGAAUCUCAUCAGACGGACGCGUCUGUGCCAGUGUGUAAUCAAUUAAGAGUAGAAUAUUAUGUACUACGUAUUAGAGUAGGUGAUACAAAUAUAAUGUAACAUCAUUAAAUCUGUGCUUUCAUAAUUCGCCUAGAGUAUCUUCUUAGCCUAAGUAUUUAUUGUGUACUUUUGUAUUAGAGCAUAAAGUAUCUACUAGGACGUAACAUAGGUGUCAUCUUCCGAGUAGGUCCUUGCACAGAUCUAUCAUACAUAGAUACAUAUUGUUUAAAUACAUAUUGUGUAGGUAUCUCAGUGGUGAUAUUAUUACUGUAAAUCGUAUUUAGGUGUAUGUAGAAAGAUGAUUUUAUUUUCUUUCUCUCUAGUGAUAUUACCUACUUCCUGUGAUUUGUGACUAUUAAUAAUUUUAUACAUGUUCUAGCUCAAACUAAAUCUGGAGGUUGAACUUCUCUUGGCUAUAAUUUUAUUAAAUAAAGCAAUAUCUACA